UGCGCCAACCUCACAGUAAUCAACUACGUUUUCUUACACCUUGCUCUCUACUCUCAACUCUUAGCGUCUUACAAACUAUUUCAAUUCAGCAAUAAAUACAACUUGAUAUUUAAAUAAAAAAUAUGAAUUAAAUUCAGCUUAAAAAGUGUUGUGAUUUUGUGUCGAACGAAAUUAAAUAAUUUACUUAUUUAAUUCACGUGUUGUGUAAAAAUAUUUCCAAAACAUAAAAAAACAAAACAAGUGCGAGGAAAGCACGCUAAACUGUUAAUAAAACUCACAAUAAUUGUCAGCCAGGCACAACCAACAAUAGUCUUGUGAGUGCUUAAAUAGACAACACGUCCUAGGAGAGGAAAGAAAAGAACGAGGAGAGGAGGCGAGGCAAAUUUAAUUCCAAUGAAAAACAGCAUAAAAGCAUUACGCAGCAUGUGGCAUGCGGCAACGUUGCUGCUUGUGCUGCUGCUCUUUUGCCUGGGCAACAUGCCACCGCAUGCGGCAGCGGCACGGCACUCGCGCAUCGAGCUCGCAACACUAGAAGCUGUGGCAAGUGACAAUUUGGCUGAGUUGCACGCAGCAAACAUGCAACAACCAGCAACUGACGAUACAAAGAGCACCGACAAUCGCAGUCAAAGUCAAACACAGACACAGACUGGCCACAAGGCCACUGAUCUGAGCCCCAAGAAUGAUCAAUCAUCGCAGCUGACGUUGGCUAAUACCAAAUUGGUUGACGAUACCAACCAGCAACAGCAACAUCAACAGCAACAACCAGAUCUCCCCGCACUGCAAUUAAAGAAGGAGCAAAAAAGACCAGUCACAGUCUCCACCCAACCCCGGAGACGCGGCCGUCGGUCUGGGACUGGGUCUGGAUUUCGGUCUGGGCAUGGACUUUGAUCAUAUAUCGCCUGCAACCUUGGCUAGUCAGCACCAACAACAGCAAAGUCAGCACAAUUCCAUUGAGGAGUGUGACCCAGAUUUAUUGGGAUUCGAAAUUAUCACGGGUUAUGUGUUCUCAGCACCGGGCAGACUGCUGGAUUCCUUGCCGGGCACAUUAAUGCUCACGGAUUGCUUGGAGUCGUGCCAGAAUAACGAAACUUGCCAGUCUAUUAAUUACGAAACGGGUUUAUGCGUGCUCUUCUCAUCAAACGCUGACAUUUUGCCAGGUGCUCUGACCAAAUCACAGUUUCCUGUCUUCACCAUCUAUGCCCAAAAGUCCUGCUUGGGUGUGCGUCCCUGUGCUCGUGCCUGGUGCAUUGAUCGCGUGCAAAACUACAAGCUCGAGGGACAUGCGAAGCGAGUGCACACUGUGACUUCUCGACGGGAUUGCCUCGAACUGUGUCUGGGCGAAACCGAGUUCGUAUGCAGAUCUGCCAACUUUUAUAGCGGCACGCACACGUGUGAACUGGCUGAAAUGGAUCGCUUCACUUUGGCGGGAUCGAAUGCUUUCCAACCACACGAGGGUGCCGAUUAUCUGGAGAACAACUGCGCCGAGGAGCCCAACAAGCUGUGCGAAUUCAAACGAUUGUCGGGUAGAAUUCUAAAGACUGUGGAUUCUGUCUACCAGGACAUUGGCAGCAUCGACGAGUGCCGCGAUCUAUGCCUCAAUUCGCCUUAUAGAUGCCACUCUUAUGACUACGGCGACACUGGCGACAUGGUCUGCCGUCUCUCGCAUCACAGUCGCGCCACACUCUCCGAUGUGCAGGAUCCCUACCUCGAAGUACCCGAAGCUGCCACCUACGAGCUGUCUUCCUGCUACAAUGUGACCAUCGAGUGCGGUGCUGGCGACAUGGUUGCUCGCAUCCGCACCUCAAAGCUCUUCGAUGGCAAGGUCUAUGCCAAGGGAGCACCCAAGUCGUGUGCCGUUGAUGUGAACAGCGCUUUGGACUUUGAGCUGCGCAUGGGCUACCAGAAUCUCGAGUGCAAUGUGCGUCAAAGCGGUGCAGGACGUUAUAUGAACGAUGUGGUCAUUCAGCAUCACGAUACCAUCGUGACCUCUUCGGAUUUGGGACUUGCGGUGACCUGUCAAUACGAUUUGACCAACAAGACGGUGACCAAUGACGUGGACUUGGGUGUCGUGGGCGAUGUGGAGCCUGCUCUGUCUGAGGAGGUUAUUGUGGACUCGCCGAAUGUGCUCAUGAAGAUCACCUCGAGAGAUGGCUCUGACAUGAUGCGCUCUGCUGAGGUGGGAGAUCCUCUGGCACUGAGUUUUGAAAUACAGGAUCAGCAGAGUCCCUACGAGAUCUUUGUGCGUGAACUGGUGGCUAUGGAUGGCGCAGACAAUGCGGAGAUAACCCUGAUCGAUGCCCAGGGCUGUCCCACCGAUCACUUUAUUAUGGGACCCAUCUACAAGAGUUCGCUGUCGGGCAAGACGCUGUUCGCGCACUUUGAUGCCUUCAAGUUCCCUUCGAGCGAGGUUGUGCAGUUCCGCGCUCUGGUCACACCUUGCAUGCCCAGCUGCGAGCCAGUGAACUGCCAGGAGGACGAACUCAGCGGGGACUACAAAUCACUGUUGUCUUACGGACGCCGCAAGAGACGCGAGACAUCCCAAGCUAUCGGAGUGCGAGCUGUGCGGGAGACGAGGGGCAAACCUAGUCAGGAGGACAUGCUGCUGGUUCAGUCUAUUCAAAUCACCGACAAGUUCGGGUUCGUCAAGAAGGAGCCGCUGCAGCAGGAAACGCCACAGGUGAAGGACAACUCGCAACUCGACUAUGACAAAGUCUUUGUGGUGAAUGAGACGGGCGGCGGGGGAGUCGCAGGAGUUCCUGGACUGUGUGUUAAUGGCAUUGGUUUUAUUGUCGCCGUCGGCGUCUUUUUAUUGGCCCAGUCGAGUGUUAUAGCCAUCUGGUCAUUUUUAUACCGACGACGACAGAAGCAUCAGCCCUAUAUUAAUCACUUUCUGAGUGCCCCAACGAAAUACCAGAACUCCAGCAGUGGCAGUUCCACUAACUGUGGCAGUGGCAAUAGCAACGCUUCGAUGGUCAACAGUCUGCCCAAUGCCCAAGCGGAUUCGCUGUGCAAACUCUAUGGGAAGGGCGAUCAUCAUGGCAGCCAGUUUUAGUGCUAAGAUCCCUCUCUCUCUCUCCUGCUGAAAGGGAAGCUCGUAUAUCGCGUUUAGAACAUAAAAAAGCAUAAAACCAUCUCAUCUCAUCCGAUUUCAUCGCAUCGCAUCGCAAUCCAUUUGACUGCCAAGCCAUUUUUGUAUUCACAUUCGCAUUCUAUUCAUUCACAUAAUUGACUCUUGCUAAUUUAUAAUACGAAUAACAAUUUGGAAAAGAGGACGACUGCAUCUAUCAUUAAUUCUCUUAGGCACUUGUCCUCUUUUCCGAGGUGUGCAUUAACUUCAUAAACACAGUUUUAAACAAAUACAUUUAACUAAUAUAGACAAAAUACUCUUAAGCAAGGUGACUUUUAUUUACGAGGGACUGCGUCAUGAUUACUUUACAAAUAAAAUAAAAUACAAAUAU